AUGGCUGGCGCACACACCUUGCCGAAGGACUUUACCUUCUUCUCGCCUAACGAGUCCGAACCCAGGACGCCAGACCGUCCCCUUCGCGAUCUUCCCAACCCGCCACGACCUCAACACGCCUCUCAUCGCGUUCGAAGACGGCGCAUUGAACGAAAACCCAUCCCCUUUUGCGCGCCUGACGUUCCGCUCCCGUCAAUCGAAUUGUCGCGUAUCCCUGCCGAGUCGACGGGCGAACUGCAGUCUAUCACCGCAUCGAUGCUCGGCGGCUUCCUGGAGGUGCCUCGACGCGAGAGGACCGACCCAAAGACACCGCCGGCUCAGAUCCGUGGUCUCGUCCCCGACCUGGAGAACCACGCGGAUGGAACGACUACGCCCGUGGGCGCGUCCAUCAGCAGACCGUCGUCCGCCUGCUCCAAUGCCUCAGACUCCUCGUUCUCCUCCGCUGCCUCGUUCGACUCGUUCGCUUCCCUGGGAGGCAGCUGUACCAGCCCUGAAACAGAGAUAGACGACCCUUUCCUAGCAGUUACGUUGCCGGACAAUAAACACAACCUAGACACUCCAUCCAAGUCUGUCAAGAACUCUGUCGUGCCCGCUCAUCUCAGCCAGACUCACCGUUGGUCCUCGGAAAUGGACUGCCACCUAUGGAACACCUACCAGACCCAUCUGCAGGACCCGACCAUCACCCCGUUCAAGAUGUUGCCCGGUAGCUUGCCGCCACUGGGCGUAUCGCAUCGUGUGGCCAGAGAAGCGCGCAGAGCGUGGCUGAGAUCGAAGCAGCCCCAGUCCCAACCUGCAGACGGUGCCGAUUCUGCUUCGAAGACAGUCCAGUGGCCUCGCUCAGAUGCUGCUACCAGGAGAAGACUGAAGGAGCUGUGCAAACGGAAAUACUCAAUUGCUCCCCAUUAUCAACGGUUACUGCAGUCUCGCAGCCCGUCUCCACCUCCAGACAUGUUCAGCAAUUACACUACCGCCACCACACCUGCACCAUUCACCAGAGAUCUAGGCAUCUCUCUCGUCUCGGGCACUCUCCCCAGUGACCCUCCAGAGGCAGCAUCAACGCCUAAUAUCGUGUCAAACACUGUCCACUCCAUGACAUCGACAAAUGACGACAUUCCUCGCCUAGGCUCUCCAUUUAUGUACCAUACCUGGGGCCCCUCGGCCUCGCGCAAUCGUGUCACUCAGGGAGACACCACCCCGGUUCAGGGCGGUGUCGAAGCCCAUGAUACAGUUCAUGUCACUGGCUCUCGCCUACGCUCGGGAAUGCCUCCAGAUCUCUUCACCCCUAACAACCAGCAUUUGCCAGCAGCCCCAGUCCCAGCUGAUGCUAAAGAAAACACUCCCCACCGUGUCCGCGUCCGCACUCGCACCCGAGGUCUUACCACAAACAGCAGCAGUAACAUGCUUAACAUUAACUCGCGUCACCGGCUCGUCCAACUCUUUACUCCACCCUCAGGCUCAGGCUCCAACGAAAUGGACGACCUAAAUCCACGUAACCAGGCCCAAACCCUAGAAGGCGAAGGAGAAGGCAUCAAACGUCUCGGAUCCCCGUUCAAUCUCGAUCUGCCGGCGAGCAAGCGCCCACAGCAGCAGCCACGGCAAUACUAUCGCCCUCGGCAUGCUCCCUCGCGAUCAGAUACGUUUCUGAUACACCCGCACGCACAUUCCCAGGGACAGCUGCAUUUCUCGACCCUGUCCUCCUCUGCAGAUCUAGACACGUCGGAUAUAGAACGUGCACCAGCACCAACCACGGCGUUACACUCGCCGGAGGCAUAG